AUGGCUCCUUCUAGCGUUCAAGACCUGUUCGAUGCCGAGCCAAUGACUGCCACCAAGGUCAGGAAUGGCUCAGUUGCCGCUGUCAGUUAUCACAAGGGGGACUUCGAAAUCUUCCGCCGACUGGUUCCUCUAGCAUCCGAUGGCAAGAUAACACACCUUAACGCCGGCUUCAUGCCCCCGUCAAACCUCAUCGUGGACGAAGCCAUCCGCCGCUUCUGCUCGGAAUCUCUUCACCAUCCAUCGCCCAAAGCUUGCUGGCGUCAAGACGUCGAGGCCGUCCAUCAGCUCUUGGCUCGGUACAUCAACACAGAUCCAUCGUCAAUAGCGUUUGUCCGCGACACGACAGAGGGCGUUGGAAGCUUCAUCCACGGGUUGAAGUUCGAGCCUGGAGAUAACGUAGUCAUUCUAGACUGCGAGCACCCGAACCAGGCAUUCGGCUGGAUGGCACUUCGUCCACUCGGCUUGGAGGUCCGCCUUGUCCCGACGGACUCUGAGAGACCUGUCGCCGCCAACGCGAAGACCUUCGCCCCCUAUGUCGACGACAGGACCAAAGCCAUUGGCCUAAGCUCAAUCAUGUUCCAUAGUGGACAAUGGAACGAUAUCGCAGAUGUUUGCUCUGUCUACAGACCAAUGCGCAUCCAUGUCCUUGCAGAUUUAACGCAGCAAGUCGGGUUCGCCGACGUUGAUGUCCGGGCCCUAGGCGUCUCAGCAGCUGCUUUCAGCUUACACAAGGGGCUCAACACACCAACAGGCUUCGCAGCCCUCUAUGUCGAUUCUGCCGUCAUCGAAGAACUUGACCCAACCCCGCCACUUGUCGGCUACGGAGGCGUGGCCAGCGUUAGCGACUCAGAAGACUUCAUGAUUCCGGAGGGACCGAUCGUGUUCCAUCAGACGGCUCGCCGAUAUGAGCACGCUAACAUGAGCUUCAUCUUGGCCGUUGCAGCUCGGGCAUUUCUUGAGUUUUAUCUCGAGGUUAUGGGUCCCAAGAAUGUUCAGAACCAUCUUUACGGCCUUGGAGAUGCUUUACGAGAGUCUUGCGCCGAGUUGGAACCAUGCCAGAACUGCGUCACGUCCAAGACCGCAUGCGAGUACCGCGAGGUCGACCGCAAGAGAGUGCCAGUCUCGCACGAAUACGUCGCUAGCCUAGAAAGCCGCCUAUCCUGGUUCGAAUCAUUCGUCAAGAACCUGCGCGCUGCGUCUCCAAAACAGCGGGAGGAGAUGCUCAAGUCAACCGCCUUGGACGACAAGUCGCCCAAAAGUGAGACGCAGGCCCCUGGAGAGUACAUUACCCAGCUCGGAAUCCACGCAGGUAACCAAGCCAAUCUCGAACUCGGGCUAGAGGGAUCGCUAGUCUAUCACGGCGCUACAAGUAUCUUCCGCGCCGAGGCAGAGCAUGGGCAGAAGGACGUUACCGACCGCGUUGGUCAGGGUUAUUACGACGGCGUCGAGUCCAACUUUGAGAGCGUCAUGGAGCAUUUCGGGAUUGGCAUGCAUGAUGAAGUCGUCAUGAAGUCGCUGACGCAGUUUUUCCGGUGGCAGUACCCUCACUUCAUGUUCAUUUAUCGUGAGGCCUUCCUAAGGGACCACUUUGGGGAUAGGAAGAACGGAAAGUACUGGUCUUCGGCGCUGUUACUGUCCGUAUGCGCGCUGGGAGCUCUUGUGUCGCUCGAUACGAAGGAUUCAAGCGAUCAGUUCUUUCUGGCGGCGGAGAGCAUUAUCAUGGUAACUGGUCUGACGAGGCCAUCCAUCGCGACCGUUCAGGCGUUUCUUUGUCUGGCCUUCUAUGAGAUUGGAAGGGGUAAUCUGUCAAAAGGAUGGGGUUACUCAGGCAUUGCCUUUAGGAUGGCUCAAGACUUGGGCUUCCAGAGAGACCCGAAGGAUUGGGUCCAGCACGACUCUUCCCUAGCUACUCCCGAAGAUGUCGAGAUCCGGAGACGCAUCUACUGGGGCUGCUACAUCUCCGACAAGCUGAUCAGUCUCAUCCUCGGUCGGCCGGUGUACCUCGUCUACGACGAGGCGGAAGUGCAGCCCAUGGAGACUCUGCCUGAACCGCCUGAGAUGGCAUCGUGGCGACCAGUUGGUUUUGGCGAUGAAGACACGCAGUCGACGAAAGCAACAUCCAUGAUUCCAUAUCUCCAUGAGCAGAUCUGCCUGUCGCGAAUUAUCGAGCGCAUGAUGACGACCCUGUUUAGCCCUCGUUCGCAUCUAGACGACAUCAGCCGCCGGCUAUGUUUCGACAACCUCAACCUCGAGCUGAACCGCUGGCGGGAAUCUCUCCCCGACUUUGCGAAGUGGCUUAAAUGGGGCCCUUCAUCAAAGCCGAUACCCGGAGUCUUUGCCCUGCACCUCCUUUUCCACAGCGCUCGCAUCGCUUUAAACUACGACCAGGCCAUCGCGACACGCGGCAGCGAGUCGGAGGAGAGGUCGCGGGUGUACUGCAGCACUUCAGCAACCGACGUGACGUCCCUCCUGCGCACCUACCGGACCCAGUACGGCUUGCAACAUGCGCCGCUUGUGUUCGUGUACGGCGCGGUGCAGGCGUGCCGCUCGGCAAAGGCUUUUGGGAUCGCGGAGGAGUUGCAGUAUCUGAAUCAGACACUUGGAGAGUUGUCAUCGAUCUGGGGUCUUUCUCGAGAGGUUCUCCGGCGCUUGGGUUGA